AUGGCUACCCAAUCUCGAGUUCCUGCAACUGCAGAGUCUGGAACUUUCACCCGGCUUGGAAAAUUGCCGAAUACCUACACUUCCGAUACCAGUCUGCAACGAAUGCUAGGAUGGUACCUUCCUGCAGAGACACUUAAAUCGGUUGAACCCCACCUAGCUCAAUUUGGCGAGGAGGCUGUUUCGCCCCAAGUCCUUGGAUGGAACAUCGACGCAGAGACCAACCUGCCCUAUGUGAAGAAAUACAAUGUCUGGGGCCAGAGAUAUGGGUAUGACAAGCUGGUUACGGCUGAAGGGUGGAAGCAGCUGGGAAAGUGGGGGGCUAAGAAUGGAGUUGUGUCGCUAGGAUACGACCACACAUAUGGUGAUCAUAGGCGCACUGUUCAAUAUGCUGCAGUGUACUUAUUCGUCCCCUCGUCGUCCAUGUACAGAUGUCCGAUGAGUAUGUCAGAUGGAGCGGCGUUUGUGUUGUCACAGCGCCUGAAGGAUCUGCCAAGUGACCAUAUUUUGCACACUGUAUUUCGGAAACUGACCUCCAGAGGAGAGGACUACUGGACAUCUGGUCAAUGGAUGACGGAAAGAGCAGGCGGGAGCGACGUCCAAAACACAGAAACAUGGGCUACCUAUGCACCCUUGCCCCAAUCAUCGAAAACAUCCGAAGUCAUUGCCGAGGGAGACUACCUAAUCAAUGGAUUCAAGUUCUUUUCCUCCGCGACAGACGCCAAUGUCGCUUUUCUCUUAGCCAAGACAGAUUCUGGCAAACUCAGCACAUUCAUCGCGCCAUUACGGAAGACGGUCAUCGGAGCUGAUGGGAAGCCAGAAGAAGUGUCCAACGGCGUGCGCAUCCACCGCCUGAAGAACAAGCUUGGCACCAAAGAACUACCCACAGCUGAGCUGGAACUGAAGGGCAUGCGCGCUCACCUUGUCGGUGAGAUCGACCAGGGCAUUCAGACUAUUGCCCCAUUGUUGAACACCACCCGCAUCCAGACCCUUCUUGGAACAUUAGCAACCUGGCGCCGAGCUAUUAGCAUCACGAAGAAUUUUGCCAAGUCACGGACUACUGUUGGCGAGCCAUUAUGGUUGAUUCCGAUGCACCUGCGCCUCCUUGCGGAUGUGGAAGUCAAGCACCGCGGCGCUAUAAAUCUUGCCUUUUUCACAAUUGCAGUGAUGGGUUUGAUUGAAAAUCCAUCCAGCUCCGCGCGACUUCCACACAUGCCCAAGGAUCUUGCCGAAGCAAAGGUCGUCUUCCGAGUCCUAACCGCUACAUGCAAGGGUGUUGUUAGUAAGAUGUCGAUGGUGGGUGUUCAAGAAUGCCAGGAAGCCAUGGGCGGAGUCGGAUAUAUUGAUGAACCGGACGAGCCUGAGUUCAACAUUUCACGCCUCCUCCGAGCCGCAGCCGUCUAUCCCAUCUGGGAGGGUACCACAAAUGUCCUGGCUAGUGAACUCGUUCGUUUCCUGAUGAAAAGAGAUACCCUGUCUGUUCUGUCAGGGUGGCUCAAUCGUGUUUUGUCUUUGAUCCGCACACCUGCUCUUGCAGCUGCGUUGAAGCAUGCUCUGGCUGCUUUCCUUUCUCGCGUAACAACUUCCCGUCCACAGGCUGAGUUGCUGGCCGAUGCCCGGAGAAUUAUGUUUACGUUCGCCUGGAUUCUUUCUGGGGCUCUCAUGACUUUGGAUGCGGAGCGCGAUGGGGAUGAGGUUGCGAUGGAAAUCGCUCGCAGAUGGAUUCUGUUGGGUGAGGGUGGUGUCGGCGAGUUCGUCUACCGGGAUAUUGUCAAGCCAUACCAGGCUUUCGAUUCAACUUCGGAAAGUGAUGAGCAUACACGAUUGGAUUGUAAGAUCGCUUGGGGUGUUGAAUUGCCCAAGGUGGUAUUUGGCCAUCGGUCUUUGAGCGAGUCCGCGAAACUGUAA